CACCGGUUACCUCCCAGGAGGUAAGACCUCAAAUGAUUCCCAGCCGUCCAUUUCUUAAUUAAUUAAUUGAUUAUGUUAAUCUUAAACAUUGAAAUAAUUAUGACUCCCAGCCGCAUCCGCUCUAGCGACCCGCCUGACUUCUAGCGGCGACGGGUGAGGCAAAUCAAUCUCUAUCCGACUGCUGCCGCCGCCGCCUCCUACGCUGCCCUCGUUCCGAGAUUCAUGAUUCUGUUAGCCUGGUUCCUAUACUCUCGGAGAUGGAUUCAACAUAGGCAUGGAUUAGGGUUCCAUCGCUACAUAGAGGCUGCCGCCGCCUUGUACGCCGACCCUGCACUCGACGGCGUCUUGCCGGCGGCCACUGCGUGUUGUGCAUCCCGGUGGUCCGCCACAUCGGCUUCCGCCGUCCGUCAGCCACGGCUGGAAAGGUAAGCCGGAAUAUGUCCUGCCACCGAGGUUGCUGAGCAACGCUUUGGCCCUCUAUCCCCAUCCCUGUAUCUUAUCAGCAGACUUUGCUUUAGAUUCAUCUGUGGGUGAAACUGAAGGAGAUGGAGAAUACAGAAUAAAGCCACUCCCAUUAGAUUGUUUAAGGGAUUGACCACUCCAUAGAGUUGGUGAAUCGAGUUGUGUGCUGAUCAAAGAUGGUACGUUCUUGUUUGUAAUAUAUUAUGGACAAGGCCUUCAGAGUCAUUUUUUAAUUUGAUAUAUUUUGUUGUUUUUUAUAUGUUUGAUAACCAGGUUGCAACCGUGUGUAUGCCAGGAAAAUUUGCUGCAUUAUGCAGGAAAUUGACAAAGGAUCAAAGGGAUAUAGUUGAAAAAAUAGGAUUAGGCAAGUUACUUAAUAUUCCAUCGAUGCCUAUUCAACGUAUGCUAGUGGAGAGUCUUGUUGAAAAAUUCAAUGCAGCAGAUAGGACCUUUACAAUUCAGGGCCACGUGGUUUCUAUUUCCCCAUGGGAUGUGUACUGCAUAUUAGGUCUAGUUGACAAAGGAGAAAAGAUUGAAAUUAGUAGGAAGCAAGCAGACCGUAAAUGGUUUAGUGUUUAUAAACAAAAGGGUGAUACAUCAAUCACUUUCAAAUACUUGGAGGAAAGAAUACCAAGGGAGGCUGAUGCUGAUCACUUUGCUAGGAUGUUUGUGCUAUAUGCUAUAGGAACAAUUUUGGCACCUAGUUCUAAGGGUUAUGUUGCCAGCAACUAUUUAGAGUUGGUGGUUAAUGUUUCAAGAAUCAAGAAUCUCAAUUGGGCGCGAUUCACAUUAGUUCAUUUGUUGGACAACCUGGUUGAAUUCAAGAAGAACAGAAGAACAGGACUUGCUGGAAAUUUGGCACUAUUCCAGGUUUGGUUUUUUGAGCAUUUUCAAGCAUCUGGUGAUGGCUUAGAUUAUACACUGCAUCAACAUCCGUUGAUAAGAAAUUGGAAUGAAGACAAAGUUUUGAAGCGAGCACGCAUUCAAGCUAUAAAGAAAUUUGGGGCUGAAAAGGUGGUCACGGAAUUGGAACCGAAUGAGUCCAAAGUGCACACUGGUAAUGAUAAUUUUUACCAGGAUAUUGGUGAUGACCAAUAUAAUGAGGGAAUGAGAUACGAAAAAUCUGAAAAUAAGGAUUGGAAUGAGAAUGUUGAACAGGAAGAUGUAAAUCAAGAAGACCUGCGUGAUGCUAUGGAGGAUGACGAAAUCAAGAUAAAGGAAUCAAUGGAAGCAAUGAAAUCCCUAUUUGUUAGGUUCCCGGAGUUGCAUACGGUUGUGCAGAUGGUUGUCAAGCUAUUUGAUGGAACUAGAAGUAAUAGGUCUACAAAGUGUGAGGGAAAACAAUGUGAUUCAUCGGGUACUAGCAAAUCGCGAGAAUCGAAUUCCAAUGUUCAAAAGGAAAGUGAGUUGGCAAGUCAUGCAAACAGUAUGGAUAAAUCAGAGAAAGAAAAACCAUGUCCGGAGCAGGGUACUGGUGAUGAAAGGGAGGUUUCUUCAUCCAACUUAUCUUCAGGAGCAAAGAGGAAAAUUGAUUUUGUUUUGAGUCCUACACUGGUUGAAAAGGUAAAAACCAGAACCAAUAGGCAACCAAGCAAAGUCUGCAAGUCUCCGUACAUAGGCACAAAGCAGAAUAGGGUAUCUACAACAAAAACUAAUUGUCCAAAUGUUGGCGACAUUACAAAAGGACUAGAGUUAAGUGACUUGGAACUUCACGCCAUUAAAUAUAUUUUGGAGGAAUUAGCGACUGAACCAAAAAAAAGUCUAGUAUCCAUAGGUGGAAUUGAGCUGGGUGCUAAUCAAUUGAAAUGUCUAGUAACACGUGUGAGAGAGGAUGCAGGAGACAAAUGGUUAUGUUCUGGGAUAGUAGACUCCUAUGCAACUAUAUUCAACUCUGAUUGGAAAAAAGAUACUAACGAGAUAAAGCAUGCACUUUUAGAUGUCAAUUGUCAGUGGUUACGAAUGAUUGGGAAAGCUUGGGUACAAACUGGUGUACCUUGGUGGAGGUUGUGCCAUAAGUCUGCUCAGGAAUUGGUUGGAGCUGAUAUGGUCUUCAUUCCCAUGAAUAAUACAAAAAGUCACUGGUGGCUCUGUGUUCUGUACCCUGCUAGAAAUGAAAUUCAAGUUCUCGAUUCUUUCAAUAGGACCAUAAAUUAUGAAGAAGAAUUAGUCGAAUUGAGAUGUGGAAUUCAUUCAAUUUUGCAAGCAAUUUUGGCAUCAUCUGACAAGUUGGAGUCCAGGUGGAGUAACUAUGACAUUCUACAAUGGGAUGUUGUUGUGAAGAAAAACAUUCCACGACAACAUGAUGCGUGCUCAUGCGGGAUUUUUACAAUAAAAUAUAUGCAAUUUUGGAAUGGGAGUGAAAUAACAAAUCCAUUCACGCAAAAGGAUAUGGAGAAAUUUAGGAAGAAGAUGCCAGCUGAGCUGAUCUUGUCGCCCUUGAAUGAGCUUACUACCAGCAAAGGGCAUGUACUUGCCACCCAGAAUUUUAGUUGAUCUCUAUUUUUCAAACCAUCAGGAUUUUUGUAAAAUAGUUUAGAUUUAUUCUAGAGUUGGUCAUACAAAGAGAGAACAGAAGGCUCUUGUUGCUAGCUAUGCUAUCCAAGUUUGCCAUAUUGGAGUUAAAUUAUAGUUGUUUGUGUUUGAACUACCAGAUGACAUGCUAUUUUUCAAUUA